UCAAUGAAUUAUGCUACUCGGGAUGGUUCAAAGAACCUUGCUUUACUGGGGGAAACAUCGCGGAGCAAAGCAUGCCAAUCAGUCUUCUCCGAGUGGUUGGUGCGCCUACGUCUCUCGUGAAAAACACGAGCGUGAUGACCAACAGUAAUAAGUACAAUUCAUCUGUCGAAAUCGGCACCACGACGAACAGCGAGAACACCAGACAAUUCGUCAAGAAAGAAACGCUACGGAAAAUCAAGUCGAUUGGCGGUCACGUGGGGCUACUGAUCACCCUAAUGCUUUAUACCGCGAUCGGCGGACUGGUUUUCCGGCAGAUCGAACUUCCGGCAGAGCUCAGACGGCUCGAGCGUUUACGCGCAAGAUUACGUAUGCAACGAUAUCGCUUUGUGGAGACAGUUUCCAACAGCACAGACAUUUUCAAUCUGCAUACCUUGGUAAGCGUGAAAUUGCGCAUCUAUGAAGAAGCAGUUCAGGAAGCAGCGGAGGCGGGUCUCCUGAUCAGCUUCGUGACAGAUAUCAUUAAUCGUCCUGAUUUUCCUGAAUCGGAACUAUCACCCAUCGUGACUGAGAGAUGGAACAUUUUCCAGGCGAUUUUUUUCGCCAGCACGGUCCUCACGACAAUUGGAUAUGGCAAUGUUGUGCCCUCGACCAACUGGGGAAAAAUUUUCUGCAUCUUUUUCGCUUUCGUCGGUAUACCUCUCACCUUGAUAGUAAUCGCUGAUUGGGGAAAAUUAUUCGCAAAUGCGAUAAUGCACAUCGGGUUGAUGGUGAAGUCGAAACUUCCGUUUCUCGCGAAGCUUUCGUUCAUCCCGACGAAUAUAACCGGUCGACGAUCACUAGGUGCUUGUGCCACCAUUAUGCUACUCUUCCUUUAUCUCGCCUGCGGAGCUGGAAUGUUUAUGCUGUGGGAGGACGAUUGGGAUUUUUUUGAUGGAUUUUACUUCUGUUUCGUAACCAUGACUACCAUAGGUUUCGGCGAUCUCGUCCCAAAGAAGCCGAAGUACACUUUAUUGUGCACUUUAUACAUCUUAGUCGGCUUGGCACUGACUAGCACCAUCAUCGAGCUCGUCAGACGACAGUACACUCAGUCCUGGAGGAGACUACAAAGACUGAGCGGUCCAUUGGCUGAGGCUCUUAGGAAAUUAGGUGAACAAGCAGGCGGCGAUAUGUCGGCGUUGCACUCUGAUAUACGAAAAGUACUGAUGGUCAUAUCUAUGCCACGAUUAAAGUGGUCCGCGGCCAUAGAUCGGAGCAUCACAAAGGAUCAGGACUGGGAAGAAGCAGUAGAGGCGGUAUUGCGCGAUAUCGCAGUAUCCGGGACGGCGCCGCCACCCAAGAAGUCGAUCGUACAAAUCGUCGUUUACGAGUCUAGUGUUUAGUUUAUUGUUUAAUGCUUGGAGGAAAGAGUCGCGUUAAUAGCAAUGUUUAGAACCCUAAAUUUAGAUUAAGACCUAUACUCCAAAUAGGUCUCUUAUUGUAAAUACUUGAUGAGUGAUCGUUUUAAGUUAGAUUUCAUUCGAAACUAUUGUAGUUCAAGUCGCUUACAAUUGAUUGAAUGGGUUUUAUCCAUUUUGAAUCACAAUAGUAUAGAUUAGACCGUGCAUGGAUCAAGCUAUAUCGAAGACAAACAAUCACGAACGAACGUUCAGAUUCGAACAUUUACGAACGAACGUGGAUGUAAUGAGCAUUGAAGUAAAUUCGGCUUCUUAUUCGUAA